CGUCAAAGUCAGCACGGAAGAACAGAUCCGGCAGAAUCAUGUUCAUGGUGAAAUUUUUUUGGCACGAGGAUUACAUGAGAUUUUCCCACGCGAUAAGCAGCGAUUAUUGGAACCGGAAUCUCGACCCUUUCGUAUGCACAACCAAGUAUUAGACAGUGCACAUGAAAUAUAGAUCGAAAACGCGAAUAGCUCUGUAUAUCACAUCCAAAGAGUUCACAAGUUUCUUCUCAUCUCAUCAAUGUCCAGAAUGUCGACCGCAACAGCUCAACAGCCAGCAACUCUGCAAGCCUCGUUUAGAUACUACUCAGCUACCGAGCCCCCGGACUUGAACGACCUAUCCGCGUUUUUGGGAUCGUCAUCCCAAGUGUCGUCUCUCAUUCAACCCGUCACCGAUCUCCGCAGCUUUCCUGCUCCACUCUCGAGCUACAGCCAUGAAACACACGGCUUCCAAAUCCUCAAUCAAAAGCUCCCGAUUGACAGCUCCCAUGAUUCCGUUCACGAUGAGGAAGUCAUCAAUAUGAAAUACUACCCCGCUAUGGUCUCUGUUCUCAAGAAACAGCUCGGUAUUAGAGCUGCUGCUAUUGUCAACCACACUCUUCGCGAUGUAGCCUCCAUUGAUAUGACCGAUGUGGACAAUACCAAUCCACGAUCAAACGAGAAGUCAAGAGGAACACCGCCAUUUUUCAUCGCGCACUCGGAUUACACAGCUGGAGGUGCGAGAAGUCAUCUGCGCGCCAUGACUCAGGAAUGGACUGACCCUAGUCAGAGUCCCGAAGAGAGAGAGCUUUUCUUUCACCUAAAGGACGAAAUUCUUGCAGCUGAGGAUGCCAUCAUUGCAAAAUCUGGUCUUGGACGUGGUAACGGAGACAUGUUGAGGGGGACCGGAGGUCAUUGGGACUGGGAUGGAAAAGGCUACGAUGGCCCUCGCUACGCGAUCUUCAGUAUCUGGAGACCAUGGGAGACUGUGAAGCGUGACCCUCUCGCUCUCAUCGCGACGCCAGAAUCCGAAUUACAGUUCGCUGUUUUGCCACGAACAUAUAAAGAUCGUCCAGGCCAUGUGAAAGAGUAUUACAGCGAUAAUCCACUCGUGAGAGUUCCUCCAGCCGAAAGCCCACUUGAGUGGUACUAUCUAAGCGAUCAGAAGCCGGAAGAGAUCUAUGCGAUCAAGCUUUAUGAUAGUGAAGCUAUGCGGCGGGGUGAUGGGAGUAUCAGGUCUUUGUGUCCCCACAGUGCUUUCCGCAUCGAGGGCACAGAAGAUGCUCCUCCACGACGAAGCAGUGAAUUGCGAGUUUGGUGCAUCUGGUAAUCUAAAGGAUAUCGUCACCCAGAGUUUGAUAAAUAAUACAUGCAAAUUAAUAUUUUGUGAUCUCUAAGGAUAACUAUUUCCAGCUGGAGUCCCGUGCUGGCUCCACAUUUAUGGCAUAUUCUGAGAGCGAGCGACACGAUCAGGUUAUGACAGACAUUAUCAUGGUCACGAUCUGGAGCAUGUUGUUCUAAGUUGGAAGACAAGCCAUCAGUCACUCAGUUCAUGGUACAUUCUAACGGAAUUCUCAGUGUUAAAGGGCGAGCUCCGCGCUUGACUGAAUACCGAAUCUUGACCUGACAUAAAGUAAACAACCUACCCUACUCUACAAAGAAUAAAGAAUAGAAUGUCCUUGUCAGGGUAGACAGUUAAUUGAACCAGUCACACAAAUGUACUUCGUAAAUAUUAAAUUUCGAACUCCC